AUGUCAUCGUCUGCAACAGCAUCAACUGAUAACACCAAGCAGCAUGAUCGGCUGCGCCAGCGGCUGCAGCACCAGCUUCAGGUGGUCAACGACACGUUGGAGACGGCAGAAUAUGACUGGUUUCUGCGUGGAGCACCCACAAGUUCAACGUUAUCUACCAUAAAAUCUCCAUCCCUGGCUACUUCAAGCAACAGCAAGGCAUUGCCCUCCGUUUCUGCCCCUGACACAGAUACUGUUGCGUGCCAUCACGAUCUGCUUCCUCUGCGGAGAUCGCGCACAGUUGAUGGCACAUCAUCGAACACCAAAGAGGAGUUUGGCACCUCUUCGCUUUCCCGGUCCUCCACCAAUGUGUUUUCGCCCUCAUGCGCUCCGGAACCCAAAAAACACGGCGGCUUUUUGCGCAGGAUAUUUGGCAGGGAGGACCGCCCUCGAUCAAGGGCGUCCUCGGUUAGCCCCCCGCCUGUUUCGGCACCCCCAGCUUCCGAGGCUCCGCGUCCAACAAGACCGUCAGUAGAACAACAGCCAAAGGAGGAAGUCAAGCAGCCACAGCCGGCUCCUUCAGAGAAACUGUCCAGUAAAUACAAGGACUUGGACCCUAAACUGUACGAAUACUUGAAAGAUAUCGAGGACACUAUGGACUACGUGAAUUCGCCAGAAUACAACGUCUUUGCUCCGACCAUGAACUCGCACAUCAAAUACAGCCCUGAAGAAAUUCCGCCGCACCCCGACAAACCGAAACUCCCUUCUGCCUUUUCCUUGCAUCCAAAGUACAACCAACCGGCCGAGGAGGAGGAGUGUCCGUCGCCCAAGGAGUCAAAGGAGGGUGUCUUCGGGUCGUUGCUCAAGCUCUCUCGCAACAAGGACGCGAGCCACCAUUCGCCACACCUCUCCAGAAGCUCGUCGCUAUCCAUUUCGUACGUGCCUCCCCCACCUAAGGUCGAGAAGUCGCCUCCGAUCAAGGCCCUAAGAGACGUCAAGCCUAUCCGGAAGGUGGCUUUUGCAACCACAACUUUUGUCAACGACCCCCCACAGCAAAUUCCAUCCAGACACCCACGUAAGGGAAAUGUCGAGGUCUGCCCUGAUGGAGAGCUGAUUAUCCACAAACUCAGCCCAGAAGAGCAGAAACCUACCUCUUCCGGUAUCGUGGUGGGCGGAUCCGGCCAUCCGCGACUCGUCCACCAGGAUUCAUCCGAAAGCAUGCAGAGAACUCCGUCAGACCAGACCAUUAAUCAGCACGACAAAGUCGUGGCAGCAGAGAAGGCCAGAACUACCGGGGACGCGAUGGGACCUAUCGAGGACAUUAAGAUUGACAAGCCGAUGGUGAGAAGAAAAAAGCCAAUGGAAAAGCCGGUUGUCACGCUCAAGCUGGACGAAUUGUACACCCGUUGCUGCCAUUUGCGAGAAAUUCUUCCGAUCCCUGCCACUCUCAAGCAGAUCCCCAAAGGGUCAACGGACCCGCUGCCUAUUCUGCAACUGCGCAAUCCGCAUCCCUCGCUGAUCGAGGUGCUCUCCUUCGCUGAUUUCGUUCGGAUUGCUCCUAUUCACUGCGUCUCUCUGGACGGGGUCUCGCUGACACACGAGAUGUUCCGCGCGCUCUUGGCGGCACUCGUGAGCAAACGGCAUCUCGAGAAACUGUCCCUGAGAAACACUCCGAUUGACGCUGAAGGCUGGAAGAUGCUCUGUUGGUUCUUGUCGAUGAAUAGGGCUCUCACAAGACUUGACCUGACGCAGUGUCCGUCCCUCGACCUCAACCUCCAGAAGCUUCGUAAACCAGCAGACACUAGAGACCGAAUGACGUGCAACAUCCAGGACCGUUCAGACAUGGACUGGUCUUUGCUGACGGCAACCCUGAUGGUGCGUCGUGGAAUCAACGAGAUGGUUCUGAGUGGUUGCAAAAUUAACGAUCUGGCCGUGUUCAGAGACUUUCUAAAGCUGGGCUUGAAAAAUACCAUGAAGAUUGGUCUUGCUUUCAACGACCUCAGCUUGAGCCACAUCGAGAUUGUGGUUGACUGGAUGAAGGAGAGCUCGAACGUUGUUGGGGUGGACUUGGGCUACAAUGAUCUGUCGACGAAAUUGCGUCCGUUUGUCGAGUACACAAAACAGGAGAAUUUCCGAUCGUCUCUGGCCCUCCUCUCGCUCAACAGCUGCAACCUGCGCGACAACGAGGACACUGUUGCUGUGUUUGACGCGUUUUCCAAGGUCUCGCACCUCAAGUACCUGGAUCUUUCCAACAACAAGAAAUUGUUUGAAACGUUCAUGCACAAAUUUGUCACGUACCUGCCUCUUUUCCAGGAGCUGCAUCGUUUGAAUCUGGACGGCAACGAUUUCUCACAGGUGGCGCUCAUCCAGCUGAGCGAGACGCUCCCGCUGGUCAAAAACCUGAAUUACCUGUCUAUCAAGCAGAACGUGUUGACAGAAGCGUGCUGCGAGUCUCUCUGCCAGUCUCUCAAGUACUCGCGGUCGCUAUUCAAUAUUGACUACGACCUGGAAAGCGUUCCUCCGGAGUUUCACCAGAAAGUGGGACUGCUUACCAUGCGCAACAUGGAAAGAGCACUGUACGGAGACACGGACGGUAGCUCAGACCUCAACCCGCUGCUGAAGGUGACGCAGAACGGCAAGCCGUUCACCCAAAUGGCCAUGGACAUGCUGCGCAAGUCUGAUAGUUUGACUGAGCAGGAAGUGAAGGAGUUCUUUGAGUACGCGGACAAGCUGCGCAAUGAAAUGCACGUUGCUAUCAAGGAGUUGGUCAAGUUGCAAUUACAGCACACGCUCACGAUAGAAGGCAAGGAGACCCUCAUCAGGCUGAUCAUGGUGGACGAGUCUGUCAAGAAGUGCCUGGAGCUGCUUGCAAAGAUGCACCCUGAGGUCGGACCUCCCUGCCAUGUUGGAAAAACUUAUGAUUUCUUCAUCGAAAACAAAGAAGACGUAGGACGGCUCUCUCCAAAGCUAUCGGAUGCAGAGACCACAGAGCUCAAGUCCGACUCCUCGCCAAUGGUGGCACACAGUUCAGUGUCGAGCCUUAAUAUGGUUGCAGAGGAGGCAAAUACGUUCAAAGCAUCCAGCACUUUCAAAAAAGCCAGCCUUGACGCAGACAAGUUGCAAGAGGAGCAAACCUCUCUACUUUCAGCACUCUCCGGAUCAAACGACAUCCAGAAGUUCUUUGACGCACUAAAGAGACUACGGGAUAGCGGGAUCACGCUGUCCGAUCUGUACUCUCACUCGGAUACGGAGAACAACACCCGGAUCAAUACUCGAAAGAGUCAGACAGACCUCAAGUCGCUUGCGUCCGGAGACGAGCACGCGCGUUCUCUGCGGGAUGCACUGGACACUGUUCUAAACGAACUGGGCAAAAGCAGAGACACUGACUAA